CAUGGCUGUAAUUUACAGUGGUCUAUGAUGUUAUGUAUUUAUAUUACUUGAAGAUAAUUACAGAGAGAAUUAAACUCAACGAUAUGCGUAUAUAACAUGUAGCAAGUGAUGACAUCGCCCUAUAACAAGUAGUGACAAAUUACCUACUUGUUCCACCAUUUUUCUCUAUAAAAAGGAUUUAGUUGCUGCGUGGAUAAUCCAGAGGAUAAAGCCAUGGAAGAAAGAAAGUGGGAGGAACUUACCUUUGAUUGCUUGGUCUGCAUCUUCUCCAAAUUAGGGUUAGAAGAUCUCAGCAUCGGAGUCCCCUUAGUCUGCAAAACAUGGCAUCGAGCUUCCUUAGAUCCCGAAUGCUGGAAAAUUCUCGACUUCCAGGAUAUGGAUUUCACCACCAACAGCAAAUUCAUCGCCAGAUUCAAUCAGGAAUACCAAAUCCCUAAUUUCUCCUUCGCGUCCUUCAUGAAGCUCUCCAUUUCAAAAAGUCAUGGAUCGGCCAUCAAGCUCACCAUUCCGUCCAAGCUCGGCCUUUCUUUUUACCAAGAUCUGGUUUUGGCUUCAAUCGAGUGCCCUAGGUUAAAGGUAUUAGCGUUGCCGACUCUGCUCCGCCAAGAUGAUCAACAAAUCCCUGGAUUGAUAGCAAGAUGGAAGGAUCUGGAGAUACUGGAGAUGAAAUGGAAGCCAAUCUUAUUCUUGGAAUUGAUUGAAGAAAUUAGGGCUAAUUGCCCUAAGUUCAUGGGGCUUCAUCUGUGCGGGCAUUUUGAGGGAAAAGACGCAGAAGCCAUUGUUAAGUGUUUGCCGAAGCUGAGGAGUUUGGUGAUGAGAGGAUCUUUUCUCAGAAGAGAGGAAUUGAUGGUGAUCUUGAAUGGAUGCAAGGAGUUGCAGGAGGUGGAUGUAUCAAGAUGCAGGGGAUUUGAUGCCGACGAUGAAAUAUUGAAGAAGGCUUCAUCUCGAAUCAAGAAAUUUGCGUGCGAGGGUUCUAAGGUAGAGGAAUAUUAUGUAAAUGGUUUGUACGGAUAUGGUAAUUUGUUUUUGGCUUUCAUUUUUGGAGAUUAUUAGCAAGGAAAAAAAUUUGUAUUGGAAUAUUUUCAUAUGAAUAUAAUGAGUUAAAAAAUUAUUAUA